AUGGCUGAUAAGUCCGACGAUAAUCAGUCCCUCGUCUCGGUAAGUUCAGCGUCCAGCGGGAAAGAAAAUCCUAAUUCGGUUGGACAACGAAGCAUGAAUCCAACUCUUUCUCACGAGGAACAACACGACCAAGAAGUGCAAGAGAGAUACAACACAGGUAAAGAUUUGAAUAUCACUUCACAACCAGAAUGUGUUCCGGCUAUGGAAGUAGCAUUGAAGGCAUCAGUCCUGUUGAUUUUAUCCAGUUUGGGGGUGCAAGCCUCUUCGCUGUCAAUUGACCAUCUGACCUACAUUACAACAAAAUACAUAGACCGAUUGGUAUCGGAACUACACAGAAGCACAGAGAUUCAAAGAAGACGGACAAUAGCAAAAAGAGAUGUUCAAUUGGUUGUGGAUAGGGGCAUUUUGGACUUGGAAGAUGUUACAUUAGAAUAUGAACGUUUGAAACUGACCAGGAAAAGAGUCAAACCGUCCAUUGAAAAACUUUCGAAAUACGCCUCAGAGUUAAAAGAAAGUGCCUCUAGCGUACAAGUGAGUGAAAAUGAUAAAGAUGCUUUUUUCUUUUUCGAUAUUGCAGAGAAGAUCUCAGAGUUUAUGCCCUUGCGCAUGAAGCGAAAGAAUUAUAUUCCUAAAUGGAUGCCGGUGCUUCCUCCAGAGCACACUUACGUUGCAACUCCUCAAUUCACUGAAGUGAUUAGCGAUCCAAAGGAACUGAGAGAACAAUUGACAGCAGAAUCAAGACUAGGAGAAAAGGCAUUGCAGCACCUUAUAGGUACAAAAAUAGUUGAAGACAAAAAAGAAGAUGUGGGUAAUGAAAAUGAUAAUGACAUAGACAAGGAGAUUCAUCAUGGAGAAAUCGACGUUGAAUCUGAUCACAAUUUGGAGAAAGGACCGAAUGGCGAGACUAAUGGUGUCCAGUCGCAACCACCGAAAAGUAUGGUAUCAAGUAAACGGUUUGACAUUGUUGCCCACGCCAAACAUCGGUUGUCGGUUUUGGAAAAGAGGAAACGGCACCAAGAGCAACUGUUGGAAAACAGACGUAAGGAAAUCGAUGGCUUGGUAGGUCAAUAUUUGGGAUAUUACGCUACAAAGAAGAUAGAACCACCAGUGUCUGACAUCAUUGUAAACAUUAUGAAUACCGAAUAUUACCAUGUUAGUCGUGAAAUCUCCAAGUCGGAGCAUCGUAAACAGAAGAUCCAAGAGUCACAGCAGUUGAAGAGACGAAAACUGGAAGAUGAACUUCAGCAAGAACUGGAGCAUCAGACAGAGGAUAUUGACUUUGAGUUUAACUUUGACGAAGAUGACGUUGAUAUGAACAAAAAUCUUAAUGAAAAUCUUAAUGAGAACGAAAAUGACGACGAACAGGUGCUCAUAGAAGAGGACACCAGUUUUGAUAUCACCAAUGGGGAUAUUGAAAAAACCAAUCAGGAGACUCCCUUUACAAAUGGCAGCUCAAAGCAAUGGGACAGCAACAAUGCAAUACUUGACUCGACUAAUUCUGAACCUGAACCUGAACCUCCAAUCGCAGACCUAUUCAAUGUGGACAGCUCCUAA